CGCACGCCGGCCCAGCGCCCACAACUGCCGCGGCCUAGGUGCCGCGUGGGGCAAGCAGGUGCCUCGCGUCCAGGCGGCUCCGCGGCUGGCUGCCUCCUGAGCCGGCCGCGCUCCUCCAAGCGAGGCGCGGCGGAGAGGCGUAGUGAAGCUGGGCCCGCGGCAGUUCCCUGAGGAGGGCCGAGAAGGGGCCGGGGGUGCUAGGGGAACGGGCGCUGGGGGCAGCGGCCCCGGUGGAUGCUAAGGGCUUCGGGAUCGGGAGUCCACCACCACGCCUGCCUGCUCGGCUGAGAAUCGCCAUGCCAGCUAAAGGGAAAAAAGGAAAAGGCCAGGGCAAGUCUCGUGGGAAGAAACAGAAGAAAUCAGAAGUGGACAUUCUCAGCCCCGCGGCCAUGCUGAACCUCUACUACAUCGCCCACAACGUCGCUGACUGCCUGCAUCUGCGAGGAUUCCAUUGGCUGGGUGCUCCCAAAGGAAAGAAAGGGAGAAGCAAGUGACAGCAUUUCACAACACAUCUCUGUUACAGACAACAAGACUUGGGGAAGAGAAGUCAGGAUAACACAACUAUUGCCAGCAACAUAGACUUUACUCCAGACGACUUGAGAUGCAAAUUAAGUGUGCUUUUCUGUGAUGGUUGAUGAUCGGGAAAUGCACCUUACUUCCUCUGUUAUGCAGGAUAUGGUUAGCCACUUUGGUUUCUUAGGAGUUAUAGGGUGGGAAAAGCCUGAGUAAUUCCUACACAGUGUGCUGAAAUUAAUAGAACUUUCAGAAAUUAUUAUAAUUCUGGGUCAGAAUUAAACUUUGCUCUCAAAAGGCA